AUGCAGCACGUCGGCGCUCAAAACCCUUUGUCCGGUGCGUGGGUUGUGACCCCUGGUGAUACCGGGGUUACGGCUUCACCCCAGGCGCCUGACGCGGACUUUCCAGAUGUUUAUGCCUGGCAGAUAAACAGUAAUACCGGGGGGCGUCUCCGAUAUCAAUUGAGCGGUCCCACAGCAUCAGAAUCCUGGGUGUAUUCUGUCAGACAGCGGGUAGUUGGCUUAUCCGAUGCGGUCGAUCUGGGCGCACUGCUGGAAGUGUCCAAUGGCGACCGGCGCUUUAUCUUAACCUUUGGCAGUGAUGCCGCCGGUGCCACACUGAUCGACCUGGUUGGCAGCGACUUCCCGGAUGCGGUUGAUUUCACUCUUGCCCCUUCGCAGGUUGGGCGCACGGAUUACAUUCAUGUGGAGCUCGUUUAUAACGCAAACAUGGGCACCGCCUCUUUGUUUCUCGAUGGCGUGCUGAGCGCUGAAGGGUUUACCGGCAUUGAUGCCGGUGCCGUUGCACCGAGAGUUAACUUCGGCGACGGCAGCAGCGGAGCUGCCGGUACCGCCCGCUACGCCAACGCAGGCUUUACCCUGGGAAUGCCUGAGUGUGGUGACGGCAGUGACAACAAUGGCGAUGGCGAAACAGAUGGCGCAGAUGCUAACUGUCAGUCUCCCAGCGACCCCAGUGAAGGCCCCUAUUGCGGCGUAUACCAGGACUAUGAUCAGGACGGCGUUUGUGAAUUUAUUGUUGCAUCACACCUGGAAGACAAUGAUCCAACACUGGGUGGCUGGCUGAGCCCUUCCACCGCCAGUGGACAAUCCUGGCAGGGUGUUGAUGAAGAUCUUGGCGCAGGGAAUUGUGACGCGCCGUGCCCUUACUGGAGAGUGCGAGACAACGGCACCAGCGACCUGGGUUCUUACAGGAUGGACAUCGCACCCAUCAGCGCCAGUUUUCCCUGGGAACUUCGCGCUCGCGUGCGCAUACAGCCACAAACCAUCGGUGUAGCGGACUCCAUCGAUUACUCUAAAACCAUGUUCGCCCGUUUUCCGUAUCAGACCGGUCGACGGGAAUUCGGCGUUCUAUUCGGUAUCACCGCCGCUGGCAUCGUGCAACUCAGGCCAUCGGGGACUUCAUCAACCAUAGAUAUCGGCAGCUAUGGCGACUAUCACGAUGUUCGCGUGGUGUACGAUCCCACUACGGUGAGCGCAGAUAUCGUCGUCAAUGGCAGCGUGAUCGCUGAAGACUUGCCCGGAAGGACACUGACCACCUCCACAACUGCGACCAUUAACUGGGGGUCUGCAUCUUCCCCAGACGUGGGCCAAAGUCAUUGGCAGGAAGUGACGCUGGAACUCUUUCCCGAUACUGAUAACGAUGGUUUGACCAAUUCAGCAGAGAUAGCACUUGGCACAAACCCUUAUCUUGUUGACAGUGACGAAGAUGGCCUGACUGACGCGGAUGAGCAGGCAGCAUUGACUGAUCCACUCAACCCGGACUCAGACGAUGAUUCGCUUCUCGACGGCUGGGAAGUCGAGUCCGGUUUGAACCCAAAUGUCGCUGAUGCGGAUAUCGACAUAGACAACGACAAUCUUACGCAUCUGCAGGAGCAGGCUGCAGGCAGCAAUCCGCAGCUUGCGGACAGCGACGGCGAUGGUCUGGAAGAUGGCUUUGAAGUGCUCACAACGCUCACGAAUCCAACCCUGCUUGAUUCUGACGGUGAUGGUUUGGAUGACGGUGUUGAAGUCAACACGCACAAUACCGAUCCGAUGCUGGCCGAUACGGAUCUCGACGCCCUGUCUGAUGGUGACGAACUAAGCCAGGGCACAAAUCCGCGCAUCGCUGACACUGACCUGGACGGAGUGCUGGAUGGCGUCGAGGUUGCAAACGGUACAAACCCGCUGUUAUUCGAUACUGACGGUGAUGGUUUAGGCGACGGUUUUGAACUGACCUUUGACCUCGAUCCGCUUGUUGCUGGCGGCGCUCAGAAUGAUGACGACGGCGAUGGCCUGACUACCCUUGCAGAACAGGCAGCACAAACCAACCCGUUGUCCAGUGAUACCGAUGGGGAUGGUUUGUCGGAUGGGGACGAAGUCAAUACGCACAAUUCGAACCCCUUGCAGGCUGAUACAGAUAACGAUGGCAUGUCGGAUGCCUUUGAAAUAUUGACCAAUCUGAACCCCCGCCUGGCAAGAGAUGCAACCCAGGAUGCCGAUAAUGACGGACUGUCCAAUCUGGAGGAACAGCAGAAUGGUCUGGAUGCCAACAACCCCGACAGUGAUGGUGACGGCUUCCUCGAUGGCGAAGAGAUUUACAUUUUUGCCACUGGUGCAGCCGACGCCGACCCGAUCGCGGCACCAGGACAAUCCAGAACUGAACUGUUGUUUGCCGCGACGGACCAGCCACUGUUCGAUAGCCUGCCAGAUCCAACCUUUGUUGACUUGUCCGGGUUGGUUACCGAGCAAAGCGGCGUUGCGCAGUGUGAUGCAAACUCAACCAAUAUUCCGCUCAAUGACGAAAUUGUUGCGUGCCGCGACCUCGCGGUAUCCCCCACUCGGGCCGAGUGUAUUGCAGGCGGCAACGUGAGUUUUGCCAGCCGCAGUAUUGGCUGUUGCGCGAACAGGGUGACCGGUGUGAUCGCGCCACUGGACGAUAUAAACAACGGCUGCACGACUGACCCAAUCACAGGGACGGCGAUCAACACGGUUCAAAGCUUUACGAUCAACGAAGUUAACAGCCUCAUUGGAGGCCCUUACGUCAGUCCUACCUCGAUCAAUAUCGGCAGUGGCUUUGGUCCGCGACCAACAAGUGAUACGCCGCUGCCCGCGCGGGACUACCAGAUCGGGGUAGAAGUGAGCCAGUCGGUGAACCUUGCCGGCGGCUUGACCAUUACGCCUGGGCUUUCAAGUGCCGAACCCGGCGAUGUAGACCUCUACUAUGCAACGGCCGCGGUGGUCUCAGCGAGUCGCACUUCUCUGCCCGCAGGACAGGUAUUUACCCUUGAACUGAAUCACCGACCCAGGGGAUAUAGCGGUGAUGAUUUCCGCGGAACCGGCUCUGAUUGCACGAUCGAAGGGACGGGGUUGCGUGGGUCCUGCAUGUCCACCAGGUGGCCGUCAUUUCUGACCAGUCUUUCGAUGGAUUUUGAGAUCGGCGUUAACACCGCCGCAGAAAUCUGGUCGAUUGAUCCGGAAUCCGGCGACCAGUUGCAGACGAUCCUGAAUAUCAUUGAUGAGUCAUUCAGUAGAAGUUAUGAGAUCGCUGCUCUGGAUUGGCAGAUCGGCGAAAGUCUGGAUGCGCGGUUGUUCAACGGUGUGCCUGAUUUACCCGAAGUCGUUCGCGCUGAAGUGUCGAUCUCCAAUGAUGAUCUCGACCUUCUCGGUACAGGAAUGUGGGACACUCCCUAUGAGCUGCCCGCUGUUGGCGUUGAUUUCCCCUUUGGUGUCUGUCCCUGGAAAAACAUUAACCAAUUGCUUUGUGUGGGUGACGUCGGCGCAUUUCUUACCGGAGGUACAAAUCUCGCAACUUUGAUACUGCAGAUACCUGAGCUGAACACCCCGGUCACGCCACCAGGGUCGUCGGCUACCGAUCGUGGUUUUUACGGGGGACUUGAUUCACAAAUACCACAAACGGUGGCAAAACCUGCCCGUCAUUUCCUUAACGCGGAAGGGCAUCUGAUCAACACCCUGCCAAACAAAUUGCGACCACUGGUGAAUCUGCAGGCCCUGGACGGUUCACCUGAGGGUUUCCUGGACGCUUUUGUCAACGAUCGUACAACCCACGAUUCAGAUGUGUUUCGUGCCGAACUGGACAUCGAUGGUCUGGUCUGCCUCGGAACGGCCGCCUGCCUGGGUGCAGAAGCCGGAAUUACCAGGGUCCUCACAUUGGCGCUGGAUGCCAUUGAUCUGGAUGUUGUGACCUGGACCGGCUGGGAUGCCAGUUAUACCUUCAGGCCUAACGUGGAAGCUCAACUGCGCUUCAGUCAGGAUACCGAGGUGUUUGACAUCGACACCAGUCAAUGGAUUACCGUACAGGCGGGCCAACCUUACACGGUUGUGGUACCAGCCUGGACGGACAGUACCACCAGCCUGUCAGUGACCCUACCUGACGGCGGUGUAGACGUUGCCGUCGAUUACUCAUUUGCAAACAACGAAUUCACCAGUGAAGCGUAUUACAACGUCAAAGUAGCCUCGGUAGCAAACUACAUGCAGGCACAGUUCAAUGGGCUGGUGGCUGAUUUGUUUGAAGGCGCAGCCGGCUUUCCACUGCGCAUUGGCCUGCUGGGCAGUGUUUCUGAGUUACCCGCAAUUAACGCCGAUGCGCUGGUCAGUACACAAACGCUCAGCGGUGCGCAAAUGAGUUUUCCAGGUCAGUCGCUUUCGAUCAUAGACAGGGGUCUGGAUAGUGAUGGUGAUGGGCUUGAAAAUGACCUGGAAAACACAACCUGCACCGCGGCAGGUGAUGCUGACACGGACGAUGAUGGCCUGCCGGAUGGCAUUGAAGAUGCCAAUCGAAAUGGCAUGGUUGAUCCGGGUGAAUCCGAUCCCUGUCUGGCAGAUACGGACGGAGACGGUUUGCUGGACGGGUUUGAGCGCGGACUUGUCACGCCUGAUGCGGAUACUGAUCUCGCGGUAUUCGUCGCAAAUCCCACGCCUAUUGUUCGUAGCAGCCCAGUCAGCACCGACUCAGACGGAGACGGUUAUUCCGACUUCGAUGAAGUGAAUGGCGGAGGAGACCCGCUGGAUCCAACCAGUUGUCCGAUCGAUCAAUGCUCAUCAGGUGUAUUGAAGAUUAUCAGAAUGAUUCAGUAG